AUGGAGUGCGCUUGCUUCGGCACUCCUAGCCCUUGCGUAAACAGCAAAAUAAUAUUCUUUAUGUUUGUAUUUGGCUGGGUGCUCCUAUGUGGUGGAUCUGUACUUUCUGUCUAUGGGUUCAAGUCAUGCCAGCUUGACAAUUCCAGCUGUGAGGCCAUUAAAAUGACUGGCCCAUUACUUGCCAUGAUAGGGCUGACACAUUUAAUGAUGGCAAAGUUUAUUGCCAGACGGGAGAGAAGGAGGAGAGAAUUAGCAGGAGACCCAACGGAUCCAGAUAGCCGCUUCCUCUGUGGGAAAAGCCAGCGGUUUGUACAGUUCGUAGUACUUGGGAUCCUGUUUGUGGCUUGCGGAAUACUAAUUAGUAUCCCAGGACUUCUGGUACCAGCAUGCAAGCCAGUAUCCAACACAGACACAACUCCUAAAGUCUGUGAAGCUCACUCACUGCAAAUAACUGCACUCAUCAUUUCAUUAAUUGGCUUGAGUUUCUGCUUGGUUGCUCAUAGGAGCAGAAACCAUCUUGUCGUCGAUGUCAGUGACUCUGAGGAGGAACCUGAAGUCUCCAGAAAUCAGCCAAUUCAUGUAACCGUGGGUGACAAUGUUUUCAUAUUCCCACCACCCCCACCUCCAUACUUUGCAAGAGGACAUGAUAGGUUAAUGAGCGAGAACCCACCUUCCUACUACAGCAUCUUUUAUAAAAGGGGCGACCAUGAAUCCAGCGGACACAAUGUUCCACAGCUGUGCCUACUGUACAUUACAUCAACAAGGGAGCCACCUCCAAGAUACCAGGCGAUAUACCCUACUCAGCCUGAUCCUGAAGAGAGUUAA